CAUACAGUACACACACACGGCUAGUUAUUGCAGCAGCUGGUCGCCAUUGCUCGAGCUGAAGUUUCACGUCAUUGAUGGUAGUUUAUUAUGGGAUGUAAUCAGUAAGUGUUAGUUGGCUGUAUGUAGGUUGGGUAGCCUGACGAACAUGGAGAUAGGCCUGCCUGGCUGGAUGCAACACACUGUAUAGUAACCCUCACUGUGUGUAAAAUCAGAGGGGUCAGAAGUAAGAAUGUAUGUGUACAUAUACAUCGGGUUCGUACAUGGUGCUAUGUAGCCUACGUUCUCAUGCAGCGCAUGAGAGACAAUACUGUUGAAGACUAAUACGCCGUAGCUAACUGUGUUUGUUUUGGUUGAAUGGAUAUAUUCCAUCAUGAAUUGUGAUAAUCCAUAUGUACUAUUGGUUUUACUGGCCUUUGUAACUGACCACGAAACUCGUAGUUAAAGGCUGAGGGGCCGGGCGAGUUUCAACGUAACCCCACCGUGCAGAGCAGCGUCAAGAGAGUACACAGUCUAUCUCCGAAACACAACACCGUACACAAAACCAUGGAGUUGAAAGACCUGGGAGAGCAGGUUUAUGCUGCCGAAGAGCUUAAAGAACGCCGAAUACGAAAGGGCAAGCCGGAAUAUCUUGUAAAAUGGAAAGGCUGGUCGAACAAGUACAAUACUUGGGAGCCAGAAGACAACAUUAUAGACCGACGCCUUGUCGAAAUGUUCAUCAGCCAGAGGCAGAGCGGUGGCGUGGCCGGGGCUUCCACACCGGGACACCGUGGGCGAAAACCCGCUCCAAGGGGACGGAGGAAGUCGGCACCUGGGUCCGUCUUAAAACGAAAAUCUGAACUUGAAUUGGGAGAGCCUCCGCCCCGCCAAGCCAAGCAGCUCAAACGGGAGUCACCCGAGGAACGCGUUGAUAACAGGCGUGCUUGCAAAUCAGCAGCAACUGGAAACAAGGAUGGUAUGGUCCAAGGUGAAAUUGAUGAGAACUUCAAUACAAAAGUGAGCUUGGGUGAGAAACCUCAAGGUUUACUAGAGACCAAAUUAGCAAAAGAGAAAAAGACCAAGGUGAGACGGAAGAGUGAUACACCGGACUCGUUACGAAAAGUGGGGGGAGGUGGAGGCAAAAAGAGCCCCGGUCUAAUACGGGAUGGUUUGCUCACCAUCCCCGCUGUCACCACGGUGACCUCACCAAAGGCCAAGGUCAAGUCACCGGUCACCACGUCAGCUCCUCCAACUCCCAAGAAGAAGAAGAAAGCGAAAUCGUCGAACAAGUCAGAUACACCCUCUCUUGACGCAGACAAAGCAUCAAAAUUAGAGGAACCAUCUUCGCCCUCUGAUGAUGUGGAUGUGGUAAAUGUUAGUACCCCAUCACCAUCUCCCCCAUCAGUGACAAUUCCCCAGGGUACUUCUUCGGCUCAACAGUCUGUGGUUGUCCACAUUAAAAAAGAAGAUAUUUUGCCCAACAUCAGAAAGUACCAGCAGCAGACGUUGAAGAGAUCGCCUUGGAAACCAUCCCAUCUUCCCGCAUCUGAGGUUUUGGUGACGGAUGUAACAUCUCAAGACGUCACUGUGACUGUCCGGGAGUGCACGUCCAUGAAGGGUUUCUUCAAGGAGCCCACCAAGGAAGGCAAACAAGAGGGAGGAGAAGAGGGGUUGCCUGUAACGAAAAGGAAAAAAUGAGUUGUUUGUAGGACAAGAUGAAUCAAAAUGUUAUUUAAUAUCAUGUUUGACAUAACACCCUGAAGAUUGUUUAAAGGCACUGUACACUAUAUUGAUAAUAACUCAACAUUAGCAUAAAAACUUAUUUGCUAACGAGAAA